AUGGGUAAUUCCUCUUCUAACCACAUGCCACCAAUAGAGUUUAUUGGAGACUGGUCAAAUGGCCGUGACACGGUGAUGAUUAUUCGCCAAAAUGGAAGAAUUUCUUAUGUGAAAUCGGGAAUGAAUGGUGGUAGUACAGCGAUUUCUUCGUCAGCUUCUUAUGACGAAAAUGGUUUUUGGAUGAAGGGAUUCCUUUCCCCUAAACUGGAGGGCUAUUAUUACCAUCAUCAUGGGCGUCCACCAGUGUUUGUUAUUAAUGGUGAUGUGUUAAAAAAGCUGAAAAAUGGCAGUCUUGGAACAUUAAAUUCUUAUUUCACAAACACAUCUGCAGCUAUGGUAAUGCCUUCUGCUGGGGCAAUAUCUGCUCCUAUGGUAAUGUAA